AUGCACUUUCUUGGUAGUUUUAGCUUCAUGAGUUCGGUAACCUAUGACGAUGUGGAUGUGAACUUCACUCAGGAAGAGUGGGCUCUGCUGGAUCCUUCCCAGAAGAGUCUCUACAAAGAUGUGAUGCUGGAGACCUGCCAGCACCUUACAGCUAUAGGCUACAAAUGGGAAGAGCAUAAAAUUGAAAAACAUUAUCAAAGUUCUAGAAGAUAUGGAAGAAAGAAAAGAAUACAUAUUUAUGAGAAACCCUAUGAAUGUAAACAGUGUGGCAAAGCCUUUUCACAAGCCAGUAGUCUCCAUCUGCAUAAAAGAACACAUACUGGAGAGAAACCCUACGAAUGUAAUCAGUGUGGGAAAGCCUUUUCACAAUAUGGACAUCUCCAGAGGCAUAAAAGAACACAUACUGGAGAGAAACCCUAUGAAUGUAAUCAGUGUGGGAAAGCCUUUUCACACCUCAGUAGUCUCCAACUACAUAAAAGAACACAUACUGGAGAGAAACCCUACAAAUGUAAUCAGUGUGGGAAAGCCUUUUCACAACCCAGUAGUCUCCAACUGCAUAAAAGAACACAUACUGGAGAGAAACCCUACGAAUGUAAUCAGUGUGGGAAAGGCUGUUCACAAUAUGGAAAUCUCCAGACGCAUAGAAGAACACAUACUGGAGAGAAACCCUAUAAAUGUAAUCAGUGUGGGAAAGCCUUUUCACACCUCAGUAGUCUCCAACUACAUAAAAGAACACAUACUGGAGAGAAACCCUACAAAUGUAAUCAGUGUGGGAAAGCCUUUUCACAACCCAGUAGUCUCCAACUGCAUAAAAGAACACAUACUGGAGAGAAACCCUACGAAUGUAAUCAGUGUGGGAAAGGCUUUUCACAAUAUGGAAAUCUCCAGAUGCAUAGAAGAACACAUACUGGAGAGAAACCCUAUAAAUGUAAUCAGUGUGGGAAAGCCUUUUCACACCUCAGUAGUCUCCAACUACAUAAAAGAACACAUACUGGAGAGAAACCCUACGAAUGUAAUCAGUGUGGGAAAGCCUUUUCACAACCCAGUAGUCUCCAACUGCAUAAAAGAAUACAUACUGGAGAGAAACCCUAUGAAUGUAAUGAAUGUGGUAAAGCCUUUGCACAUUGUAACAGUCUCCAGAGGCAUAAAAGACUUCAUACUGGACUGAAACCCUAUGCAUGUAUUCAUUGUGGUAAAGCCUUUUCACAAAUCGGUGGUCUACAAAAGCAUGAAAGAAUACAUACUGGAGCCAAACCCUACGAAUGUAAUCAGUGUGGGAAAGUCUUUUCUCAACACGGACAUCUCCAAGAACAUAAAAGAAUACAUACUGGAGAGAAACCCCAUGAAUGUAAUCAAUGCGGUAAAGCCUUUGCACAUUGGUGCAACCUCCAGAGACAUGAAAGGAUUCAUACUGGAGCCAAACCCUACGAAUGUAAUCAGUGUGGGAAAGUCUUUUCUCAACACGGACAUCUCCAAGAACAUAAAAGAAUACAUACUGGAGAGAAACCCCAUGAAUGUAAUCAAUGUGGUAAAGCCUUUGCACAUUGGUGCAACCUCCAGAGACAUGAAAGGAUUCAUACUGGAGCCAAACCCUACGAAUGUAAUCAGUGUGGGAAAGUCUUUUCUCAACACGGACAUCUCCAAGAACAUAAAAGAAUACAUACUGGAGAGAAACCCCAUGAAUGUAAUCAAUGCGGUAAAGCCUUUGCACAUUGGUGCAACCUCCAGAGACAUGAAAGGAUUCAUACUGGAGCCAAACCCUAUGAAUGUAAUCAGUGUGGGAAAGCCUUUUCACAGCAUGGACAUCUCCAAACGCAUAAAAGAACACACAGUGGAGAGAAACCCUAUGAAUGUAAUCAAUGUGGUAAAGCCUUUGCACGUUGUAGCAAUCUCCAGAGGCAUGAAAGAGUUCACACUGGAGUGAAACCUUAUGCAUGUAUUCAUUGUGGUAAAGCCUUUGCAUUUUGCUGCUACCUCCAGAGGCAUGAAAGGAUUCAUACUGGAGAGAAACCUUAG